GGAGGGAAGGAAGGAGGCUCGCUCGGCUCCGCGGCUUCGAUUGGCUCCGGGAGGCGGGCUGGGCCCUGCCUCGAUAGGGUAGGAGAGCUGUCACACUCCUCGCCGGAUCGAGUUUCUCGCCUUUUACGCACGGCCAUUGCGCGCCGGGAAAUAUUUGGAGAAUUCGCCGGGGAGAAGCGUGUCGACUGCUGCUUGCCGCUGCCUUUCCUCCUCCUCCUCUUUGCACGGGUGGAGUGCUCUGGUCCAGCGGGAGAGGCAGCACCGGCCGCCUUGCUACGCGUCUCCUCGAGGGCAAGCCUUGCCAGACCAGAUCUCUUUAUUUUGGAGAUAUUCCGAGACCCGCUUCCCACGGUUCUCUUCUCCGCCCCAAAAUCCGCGGAUCCCAAGUUAUGUCCACUGCUCUAAUUAAUCUGGUGAGAAACGGAGGCCACCAGGUGAGGAGGAGAGCGCUGCUGACAUCGCGCCUGUUGCAGGACGACAAGCGGGCGGCGGCUAUCUGCCCUAGCUCCACCAGCGUACGCCGAACAUCUCGCUUCGACUUGGACGGCAGCGGCCGCCCGGCCACGUGGGACUCCUUCGGGAUCUGGGACAACCGCAUCGAUGAGCCCAUCCUCCUCCCGCCAAGCAUAAAAUAUGGGAAGCCCAUCCCCAAGGUCAGCCUGUCCAAGGUGGGCUGCGCCAGCCACAUUGGGAAGCGGAAGGAAAACGAAGACCGCUUUGAUUACGCCCAGCUGACCGAUGAGGUCCUGUAUUUUGCCGUUUACGAUGGGCACGGUGGGGUGGCGGUAGCGGACUUCUGCCAUAAGCACAUGCAGGGAUUUAUCCAAGGCUUUCUCACUGAGGAGCAGAACAUGGAGUUGGUAUUGAUGAAAGCGUUUUUAGAAAUAGACAAAGCGUACGCCAGGCAUGCUCAGUUGUCCGCGGAUGCCACCUUGCUGAACGCCGGGACCACGGCGACAGUGGCCUUGUUGCGUGAUGGGAUUGAGCUGGUUGUGGCCAGUGUUGGAGACAGCCGCGCCCUUCUGUGUCGCAAGGGGAAAGCCAUGAAACUGACCAUCGACCACACUCCGGAAAGGAAGGAUGAGAAGGAAAGAAUCAAGAAAACCGGUGGUUUCAUAGUCUGGAACAGCCUGGGACAGCCCCACGUAAACGGCAGGCUUGCAAUGACCCGCAGCAUAGGAGAUUUGGACCUUAAGAAAUACGGUGUCAUAGCAGAACCAGAGACAAAACGGGUUCAGUUGCACCAUGCGAGCGACAGCUUCCUGGUCCUUACCACAGACGGCAUCAACUUCAUGGUGAACAGCCAAGAAAUCUGUGACUUUGUUAGCCAGUGUCACGAUCCCACGGAAGCGGCUCACCUUGUAACUGAGCAGGCCAUACAGUAUGGAACGGAAGAUAACAGCACUGCCAUUGUCGUGCCGUUUGGAGCCUGGGGCAAAUACAAGAACUCUGAGGUCAACUUCUCAUUCAGCCGGAGCUUCACCUCGAGCGGGAGAUGGGCCUGAGUCGCUGCUGCUGCUACGAGGAGAUGUGGACUGGACUGUCCUGUAGGAGGCCUCGCAAGGCAGAGAGCAGAUCUGUAGAUAGUUGCGCCCAUCUCUUUUCUCUCCCAGCACCUUGUGCUUUCUGCCAGGGUAGAAAACCAUCGUUAACUUGAUGUUGCCUCUUUAACAAACACGUCUGCUACUGCUUAAUCUCAGAGCCAGCGAUUUCCGCCCCCUCCGUCCAACGUAGAUAAUUCUGUCUGGUUCUUUGGCACAAACAAGAUGUGCACCUGGCUGACACACCCUCUCAAGGGGUUUUUAACCAAGUGUUUCUUAUGCACAGCGUAUGUUUUUAGAGGAUGAGAGAGAGAGAGAGCGAAGAGGCCAAAGGGGCUCUCUUGAUUUGCACAGUGCGAAAGGGAGUAAGCGCACAAGGAGAGAAAAGGUGGCAUUUCAUCUUCUCCGCUCUCACAAGUCUUUCCUUCCCUAUUUGAACAGAAGUAAGAGAAAGCCAGGAGAUUCAGAGGCAGUGUGGCUGGCUGUGCUUGGCUUUGCUCAGCCUGCUGGCACCAGGUUAACCACCAAAGCUGACUUUGGUUUUGGUUAGUCCAGUUCCGGAGAGAAAGGGAUCUUGGUCUCGGGGCUAAGACUCCGUGCAGUGGAAGUCAAACAGCAAAUAUCAGCUGUGUGUAUGUGUGUAAGGUCCUGUCCUUAAGUCCAAUUUCUCAUAAGCAGAAUGUGGCUUUUACACUUGGGCUGAAGCCCAUGUCUAUUCCUCUGUCUGUGGGUUUAUAAUUGGAGAACCACGCCAUAACCCUCAAGGCAGAAGUGGACACAACACUAACAGGGAUUGUGGCAAUCAUCACAUUUCUUCCGAAAGGCGGAAGCAAUGUAGGUUUUCUGUAUUUAUUUGUUUUUUCUUUAAAUAUACCAAUUCUAAGAAAUCCCCCUUAAAAAAAAAAUACUGCUUUUCAGGAGCUAAACUCUUUCAAAGAACAUCUUGUUCUUCAGUUCUUUUUUAGAUGUUGCUUCUCUUUCAGAGCCACUGAAAAAUGCUGUCCGAGACGCACAGAGUUAACUUGGAUGGGGACAUGUUGCCCAGUGGGUAUUCAGUGUUCAAUUGCACAACGGUUGAAGUUCCUAAGGGAUUUCUCUCCCUCUUCCCAAGUUAGCAAAAAGUUGAGGAUACACUUUGGAAGGGAGAUUUUUGUAAGGGAAACGGGUAGGAUUGUAUUUGGACUUGCCACUUGUCUUAAUCAGAAUUUCACAUUAGAAGCAAAUGGUGGAGGGAACAAAAGGUUUAAAUGAGGUAAAUAGAGUUUCUCCAGGAAAUUCUACACUCCCCCACUUCAAAUGCAACACGGAGGAACCAAGGGAACAAUCAGCAUUCCUUGGCAGGACUUCAACAGGUUGCAUGUAAUCGAGAAAUUCCACAGGCCAAGAAUAUGAUCCAGAGUGUUGUGUCACAGAGACCAUUCACACCUGGAUAGCCAACGUGGCAGCUGCAGGUAUUGUGGACUGCAGAUCCCAUAGUCCUGACAAUUGGCCAUGCUGGCUGGGACUGCUGGAAGAUGGAGCCCCAGAACACCUGGUAUAUACUGUCGGUACUAGAGGCUGUCAACAAUAGUUCUUCAUUUCUGACAUAGAUACUUUGAACAUGAAUACUUGGAAUUGAAAACGGCCACCCCAAAGCAGUAAGAGUUGUUUCACAGUGGGACGUUCUCCCUGGAAAGGUGGUGGACCUUCAUUGAAGGUUUUCAAGCAGGGGUUGUAUGGGCCUUCAGACAUGGGUGCUUUAGUUGAGAUUCCUGCAUUGCAGGGGUUUGGACUAUAGAUGACCCACAAGGUCCCUUCCAACUCUACACUUCUGUGAUUCUAUGAAAACCCAGAAUUAAGCCGCUAUAAAGUUACCUGGCACUGAGGUGUAGCUGUGCUGAGCUCUUUUAGCUGAACCCUGAUCGCAAUGUGAACCCGUGGACUUGCUGCUUGAUGCCAGUACUAAUUAGAGCCACACCUUUUGCAUAAGUCAUUCCAGUUUCACUUCUGCACAGCUGUUCAUAAAGCUUCCUUUGGCCAUGCACCUGCUGAAAACCACAAAGUACUUUGGAAACGGUGCCCUGGGUCCUGUUCUGGUGUUAUCUUGUGUGUAUUCUACAUGUUUGUAUAUAUGAUAUAUAGAGAGAAAUGAUAUAUCUACUUUAUAAGUAAAAGAAUAUGUUAAAAAAUA